GAUGGAGGAGGAGGAGGAGGAGGAUGGAGUAGGCAGAGCUGGGAUCGCAGUGCUGGGGAUGUGCACGGCUCCGGCUGGCUCCUGUCAUUCUGUGCGAUCAGCUGUGAGCGCUCCUCAUCCACCGGACACCCCGAUCUCCGGGAUCUGACCUCCAUACACCCUCCGGGAUCUGUCCCCCCCUCCGGGAUCUGUCCUCCCUCCGGGAUCUGUCCCCUCAUCGCCCAUUGGAGGGCUCAAUGUGUGGACAUGGCUGGGGCUCAGCCUGGGGUUCAUGCUCUGCAGCUCAAACGUGUCCGCGUCUCCGACACCUUGAAGAAAGGAUCCAAGUGCAUCAAAUGGGAUGAUGACUCUACUUUUGUGUAUCCUGUUGUCCUCAAAGUGGAUCCCAAUGGAUUUUUUAUACACUGGGUAGAUCAAAACAAGGAGACGGAACUUUUGGAUUUAAGUCUAGUGAAAGAUGCCAGAUGGGGAAAGCAUGCAAGAAUUCCAAAGGACCCCAAGUUACGAGAACAGUUGGAAGUUGGGAGCUUUGGAGGAAGGUUGGAGUAUCGCAUGUUCACCAUCGUCUACGGUCCAGAUCUGGUCAACAUCUCAUAUUUAAACUUAGUGGCAUAUCAAGAUGAAAUUGCCAAGGAGUGGACAGAUGAGAUUUUUAGUCUGGCAACAAACCUGCUGGCACAGAACAUGUCCCGAGACGCAUUUCUGGAAAAAGCAUACACCAAGCUGAAACUUCAAGUCAACCAAGAGGGAAAGAUUCCUGUGAAAAACAUAUACCGCCUAUUUUCUGCAGACAGGAAGCGAGUGGAAACGGCAUUAGAGGCAUGUGGUCUUCCGCCUGGCAGAAGUGAUUCAGUUCCUCAAGAUGACUUCACGCCAGAUGUUUACCAUGCCUUCAUAAACAAUAUAUGUCCUCGGCCUGAGAUAGACAACAUAUUCGCAGAAUUCGCAACAAAAAGUAUACCAUACCUCUCCGUUGACCAGAUGGCAGAUUUCAUUAACCUAAAACAGCGGGAUCCACGACUAAAUGAAAUCCUCUAUCCACCAUUGAAACAAGAGCAAGUUCAGCAGCUAAUUGAGAAAUAUGAGCCAAAUAGCAGCCUCUCAUCAAAAGGUCAGAUAUCUGUGGAAGGAUUUAUUCGGUAUCUAAAUGGAGAAGAAAAUGGAGUAGUACCGCCUGAGAAACUGGAUUUAAAUGAAGAUAUGUCUCAGCCCCUUUCCCAUUAUUUUAUUAAUUCCUCACAUAAUACCUACCUCACAGCGGGGCAGCUGGCUGGGAACUCCUCAGUAGAGAUGUAUCGUCAAGUGCUUCUGGCUGGUUGCCGCUGUGUUGAACUGGACUGCUGGAAAGGCAGAACCGCAGACGAGGAGCCGGUCAUUACUCAUGGCUUUACCAUGACUACUGAAAUAUUAUUUAAGGAAGUUAUAGAAGCUAUCGCAGAGUGUGCAUUUAAGACCUCGCCGUUCCCAAUUCUGCUGUCUUUUGAAAAUCAUGUGGACUCGCCGAAACAACAAGCAAAGAUGGCAGAGUACUGCAAGCAAAUAUUUGGGGAUGGACUUCUGAUGGAACCACUAGAAAGGAAUCCUCUUGACCCAGGGGUGGCUCUUCCCAGCCCUGUGGAUUUAAAGUAUAAAGUCCUGGUGAAGAAUAAGAAGAAAUCUCAUAAGUCAUCUGAAGGAAGUGCAAAAAAGAAGUUGACCGAGCAAGCGUCCAACGCCUGCAGCGACUCUUCCAGUGUGUUCGAGCCAUCAUCUCCUGGGGCAGGUGAAGCUGACAUUGAAAGUGAUGAAGAUGAUGAAGACGAUGAUGAUGAUUGUAAGAAAUCUUCCACGGAAGAGGGCACGGCUGGAAACGAAGCCAGCGCCACGGAGGAGAUGUCUAACCUGGUGAACUACAUUCAGCCUGUGAAGUUCGAGUCUUUUGAGAUCUCUAAAAAAAAAAACAAAAGCUAUGAAAUGUCCUCCUUUGUGGAAACCAAGGGACUUGAGCAGCUAACAAAAUCCCCCGUAGAAUUUGUAGAAUAUAACAAAAUGCAGCUAAGUCGAAUUUAUCCAAAAGGGACACGUGUGGAUUCAUCUAAUUACAUGCCUCAGGUCUUCUGGAACGCUGGAUGUCAGAUGGUGGCUCUUAACUUCCAGACUAUAGAUAUUUCUAUGCAGCUAAAUAUGGGGAUGUAUGAAUAUAAUGGUAAAUGUGGAUACAGGCUAAAGCCAGAGUUUAUGAGAAGACCAGAUAAGCACUUUGAUCCUUUCACAGAGACCACAGUGGAUGGAAUAGUGGCAAACACACUGUCUGUAAAGAUCAUUUCAGGGCAGUUCCUUUCAGAUAAAAAGGUUGGCACCUAUGUAGAAGUAGACAUGUUCGGAUUACCUGUUGAUACCAGGCGAAAAGCAUUCAGGACCAAGACAUCACAAGGCAAUGCUGUGAACCCAGUUUGGGAAGAGGAACCGAUCGUCUUCAAGAAGGUGGUGCUUCCAUCCUUGGCCAGCCUCCGAAUAGCAGCCUAUGAAGAAGGAGGAAAGUUCAUAGGUCAUCGGCUAUUGCCGGUCUCAGCAAUCCGACCAGGUUAUCAUUACAUCUGUCUACGGAAUGAGAAGAAUGUACCACUGACACUACCGGCCAUCUUUGUCUGCAUAGUGGUGAAAGAUUACGUCCCCGAUACAUUUGCAGAUGUGAUUGAAGCUUUAUCGAAUCCAAUUAGAUAUGUGAAUUUGAUGGAGCAGAGAUCGAGACAGCUGGCCGCCCUGACGCUGGAGGACGAGGAAGAAGUGAAGAAAGAGGUUGAAGCUGGCGAUGUUCCACAGGAAGCCAACAGCGAGCCCAGGCCGGCGCCAGCAGAAAAUGGCUUGAAUCACGCUUCUACUUUAACGCCUAAGUCAUCAUCUCAAAAUGUUCACAAUCAGCCUCCGCCAGGUUCUGUUAAAGUACCUGCUAAAACUGCACCGGCCGAGGACCUCAUAAUGAGUGUAUUGAUAGAGGUAGAAGCUCAGAGUAUCGAUGAACUGAAGCAGCAGAAAUCCUUUGUGAAGCUCCAGAAGAAGCAUUAUAAAGAAAUGAAAGAUCUCGUGAAAAAGCACCACAAGAAAACCACUGACCUCAUCAAAGAGCACACCACUAAGUACAAUGAAAUCCAGAACGAUUACCUGAGGAGGCGGGCCAUCCUGGAGAAGGCGGCCAAACGGGACAGCAAAAAGAAGUGUGAAUCGGGGAGUCCGGAUCACAAUUCUUCUUCCGUUGAACAAGAUUUAUCCGCAUUGGAUGCAGAAAUGGCGCAGAAAUUGGUAGAGCUGAAGGAACAACAGCAACAGCAGCUUCUCAACCUCCGACAAGAACAAUACUACAGUGAGAAAUACCAGAAGAGAGAGCACAUCAAACAGCUCAUCCAGAAACUCACCGAUGUGGCGGAAGAUUGCCAGAACAACCAGCUGAAAAAACUCAAGGAGACUUGUGAGAAGGAAAAGAAAGAAUUAAAGAAGAAGAUGGACAAGAAACGACAAGAAAAAGUCACGGAAACGAAAUCGAAAGACAAAAAUCAAAUGGAAGAGGAGAAGACGGAGAUGAUCCGAUCGUAUAUCCAGGAAGUGGUGCAGUACAUUAAAAGGUUAGAAGAUGCUCAGAGCAAAAGGCAAGAGAAGCUCAUAGAAAAACACAAGGAGAUCCGUCAGCAGAUUCUGGAUGAAAAGCCCAAGGUUGAACUUGAUCAAGAAUAUCAAGACAAAUUUAAACGACUUCCCAUGGAAAUCCAGGAGUUUGUCCAGGAAGCUAUGAAGGGAAAAUUCAGUGAGGACGGUGAACAUAGCUCUGCACUCUUAACGCCUGACAGCGGCAAGUCUCCCAUUUCUGGAAACCAUAAAAGCCUGGAUCACGAGGAGGAAGGAGAGCCUGGAACUCCAGAAAAAUCAUUUGACACAUCACUCUAAUGUUGACUGCAACGUGACAAUACCUUAAUGUGCUGGUAGGGGGCGCUUACACAUCGCCUGUUACUUAUUGUGUGCGCUGUGAACGCUGCCCCUAGUGGUCGGUGCCGGAAGCUUAAGUGCUCUUUUGAAUGCACCCUUCCAGAAGAAGAUUUGUAUUGCACUCAGCAGUCAUUUUUUUUUUUUUAACUAUUUAACACUAUUCUAUGUCUUGGAAGAGUUUCUAUGUAGGAAUUAACAUGCAUUCAGUUCUGUAUUGCUUCUUUGUUGGUGUUGCACAACUGAAAGUAGCUUCCAGCCAAACACACAUUACCAAAUAGGCAAAACAGAUCAGUAUGGUGUGUUCUAAGGAGCUUUUUAUUGAUGUCUACGUUCAGAAGACGUUCAGAAGACUACAGACCGGCAUUUAUGUUGGUUUGGAGCUACACCGUGAUUGACAGAUAUUUUUUUGGGCUUACUCACUAAAGCAGUGUCCUGCGCAUUUCUAUUGUUCAAAGCCCAAUUUACCUGGCGGCCAAUCAGGAGCUUGUUUUUACUGACUCCAUGAACUGUAAAUUGGCUGCUGUGGCUUACUGCACGUUGCAUUGCCUUAUUAAGUAAGCCCGACCGUCCUUUUUUUAACUGCACCUGAAUAGCUAAAUAUUUGCUUUUACGUUUGCACUGAAAGAUGAAACCUUUUUGAUUUGCAAGCACUGGUGGCUUGCCCGUUUUUUUUUUUUAUAUAUAUAUAUUAUGUACUUGUUAUAUAAGUAAUGACAGUUACGUCUUGACCGUGGUCAAAGCUUCGGAGGCCAUCGCAGGAAGUAUUUAUCAGUUUAUGCGUGUGCCCACAGUUAUACCUCAGAGGUGUUGAGCAUGUGGGUUUUAUUUAUGGGGAACUGAACCCUCAGGAGAAGAAAAAGGGAGCCAAUUGUGCAUGUCGGAACAAAGAAGACUAACUUCUUGGUUAGAUUCUGCAAAUUAGUAAAAUAAAAAUAGGUGUAACAGUUUUUUUUUUUUGCGGUAUUAGUGUUGUAUUGUAACGUUGAAGUAGUCUUUGGAUAUAAAUUAAUAAAAAAAAAAUAUAUAGAUAUAUAUAUAAAUAUAUAAAUAUAUUUUGCAGGAUCAAAAAUAUUAAAGUAUUAUAGUUUAUGGAAACUUUUAUGGAAACAAUAAAAAAAAUUAUAAAAAAAAACAUUGUGCUAUAAAAAAAAAAAACACGGAGAUUAAGCUGUACGAUGUUGCAGCUUCCGUGAAGUGAUCAAAUUGUUCCGUUUUAUAGGUGACAUGGUUCCAUGUUUGUAGAAUUUACAAUAGGGACAGAUCAAAUUGUGAACUCUAGGCCACACCACCCAACAUAACGGCAGCCAUUCAGACUGCUCAAUAUUCUAAUGAGCUGUUUCGGUUUCAUAGCUCAGGAGAUAUCUGGAGUCAAGUUCUUUGUGUGGCUGUAAUGUGUGAAGUAGUAGUUGCUCGUUAAUUGUUGACUGUAGGCUUUUUUGAAGAGAAUAUCAACAGUGACAGAUCAAGUUGUAAACUCCGGGCCACCCUGCCCAACAUAACAGCGGCCAGUAUUUCAGACAGCACAAUAUUCUAAUGAGCUGUUAAUCGUUUCAUAGCUCAAGAGAUAUUGGGAGUCAUGUUCUUCAUGUGGCUACAAUAUAUGAAGUAGUACUUGCUCUGUAAUUGUUGACUGUUGGCUCUCUUUAAGAAAAUAU